AUGAACAAGAAGGUUGUCAACAGCCCUGAAACAGUUGCCCGUGGACAAAUUGAAGGUACGGGAGUUAUAGGAACCAGCCCUGAAAAUGAACAGCAGAACCUACCUUCAAAAGCCCCGUCCCAGUUGGCGAAAGUCUCCAGAUCUCUCUCCAGCGACAACAAAAUCUCUCUAUCUGAAGAAGCCAAACCGAACGAUUUGGAGAGGACCAAAACUGGGAUCUGCAAGCUCAGCAGCACCCCAGUCCAAGCCAACUCCACUACCCGAAAAGAUUCUGUAGAAACCUUUCCGCUAAAGAACAUCCCCAGCGCAGGAAACCAAGAGCAAGUCAGUAUUCUCCACUGCAAAAUCCCCGCUUUGCAAAGCACAGACGGUGAAGCUAAUCAAAGUCUUGGUAAGAGCACAUUGGAGCAAAACAAUGCCAACAGCGGUUGGGUGACCAUGAGCCAGAGCACCGUGGUUUUGGGCACAGAUGGGAACACUUCUGUUCUGCCUGGCAGUGUUAACGGGGAGGACGAUAAAGGGGAUGAAAAUAAAGCCCGAGGGAACUGGUCUAGCAAGAUGGACUUCAUUCUCUCCAUGGUGGGUUAUGCAGUGGGGCUGGGCAAUGUCUGGAGGUUCCCGUACCUGGCCUUUAAGAAUGGGGGAGGUGCAUUUCUCAUCCCUUACUUGAUGAUGCUGGCACUAGCUGGAAUACCCAUUUUCUUCCUGGAAGUUUCACUGGGGCAGUUUGCUAGUCAGGGACCUGUGUCUGUCUGGAAAGCCAUCCCAGCCUUACAAGGCUGUGGCAUUGCUAUGCUGAUCAUCUCUGUUCUAAUAGCCAUAUACUAUAAUAUUAUUAUGUGCUACACACUUUUCUACCUUUUUGCAUCCUUUGUCCGUGUAUUACCCUGGGCUUCCUGCACCAAUCCUUGGAAUACACCAGACUGCAAAGAUAAAAGAAAACUUUUAUUAGAUUCGUGCAUCAUUGAUGACCACCCAAAUAUACAGAUCAAGAACUCUACUUUCUGUAUGAGUGCCUAUCCAAACUUGACUAUGGUUAACUUCACCAGCCAAGGAAACAAGACUUUUGUCAGUGGAAGUGAAGAGUACUUCAAGUACUUUGUAUUGAAGAUUUCUGCAGGGAUUGAAUAUCCUGGUGAAAUCAGGUGGCCCUUGGCACUUGCUCUCUUUCUGGCUUGGGCGAUUGUGUACGCAUCUCUGGCUAAAGGAAUCAAGACAUCGGGAAAAGUCGUGUAUUUUACUGCUACAUUCCCUUAUGUAGUGCUCAUCAUCCUGCUUAUCAGAGGAGUAACCUUGCCAGGAGCUGGGGCUGGAAUCUGGUAUUUCAUCACGCCUAAGUGGGAGAAACUAACUGAUGCUAUGGUAUGGAAAGAUGCUGCCACUCAAAUUUUCUUCUCGUUAUCUGCUGCGUGGGGAGGUCUAAUUACUCUUUCUUCAUAUAACAAAUUCCAUAAUAAUUGCUACAGGGACACAUUGAUAGUCACAUGCACCAACAGCGCCACAAGUAUAUUUGCAGGCUUUGUCAUCUUUUCAGUUAUUGGCUUCAUGGCAAAUGAACUCAAAGUAGAUAUUGAAGAUGUGGCAGACCAAGGUCCUGGCAUUGCCUUUGUGGUUUAUCCUGAAGCCUUAACAAGGCUUCCUCUCUCUCCGUUCUGGGCUAUAAUAUUCUUUUUGAUGCUUCUAACUCUUGGAUUGGACACUAUGUUUGCCACUAUUGAGACGAUUGUGACCUCCGUUUCAGAUGAGUUUCCCAAGUACUUGCGUACCCACAAACCACUGUUCACUCUUGCUUGCUGCAUUUCCUUUUUCAUCAUGGGAUUUCCUAUGAUCACUCAGGGUGGACUGUACAUGUUACAGCUUGUGGACACUUACGCAGCUUCUUACUCUCUUGUCAUCAUUGCCAUCUUUGAGCUUGUUGGGAUUUCAUAUAUAUAUGGCUUGCAAAGAUUUUGUGAAGAUAUAGAGAUGAUGAUUGGAUUCCAGCCAAGUAAAUUCUGGAGAAUCUGUUGGGCAUUUGUGACCCCAACUAUUCUAACUUUUAUUCUUUGCUUCAGUUUUUACCAGUGGGAACCAAUGACCUAUGGAGCUUACCAUUAUCCAGGCUGGUCGAUGGUCCUUGGAUGGCUGAUGCUGGCCUGCUCUGUUAUUUGGAUCCCUAUUAUGUUUGUGAUAAAAAUGCACCUAGCCCCUGGCAAAUUUAUUGAGAGACUCAAGCUGGUCUGCUCUCCACAGCCUGACUGGGGCCCAUUUUUGGCUAAACACCGUGGUGAAUGUUACAAGAAUAUGAUUGAUCCACUGGGAACUUCCUCCCUUGGACUUAAACUGCCAGUGAAAGAUUUAGAAUUGGGAACCCAAUGCUAGUAAUUCCUAUAUUGGUGGCAAUAAUGUGUACAGCCUUUUUAAUUUUUCUUUUAUUAGUUUGUCUCCUUUGUUGUUUUUCACAGAUGCUAAAAGUGGUUGCUUAGAAAGUAGGACUUAUUGUUGCAUGCUGUAGUGAAGAACUAGACGGCCACUUUA